UCUCAACUACCGUAGCUCACCAUCCAAGAACUUUCUUCAUGUUCUUGCAUCACUUGGACAAAUCCCUUCAUCAUCAACUCUCCCUCUUUCCUUCUUCUUUCUCGGAGCAUGAGAACUCCAAGAUGGUUUCUUCAUUCUCAUUUUUAAGAGAGAGAGAGAGAGGGUUGAAAGGUGGUUUCUUGUUGCUCAUUUUCGUAAUGAUUGCUAAAACCAAAACCCUGACGACCCUUGAGGAAGAAGACAUACCAUAGUUGGAAGAUUUUAUCAACAUGAAGCCAAAUUUCUUGAUUUUCAGUCUGGUUCUUUCCCUUUGUGUAUUUUUCUUCCCCCCAGUUCUCUCAGCUCCGAGUUGUCCUUUGGAUCUUGAUUAUGUGCUAAGAAUUCCAUGGGACACCUCCGAGUGCAGAGGUUAUCACAAUCCCAAUAAUACCACCCAAAUUUCCAGCAAUUCCAGCAGUCCCAGCACAGGCAGAAGCAGGUGUUGCCAAACCCUCCUCUCCCUCUAUGGUAUAUCUCUCUCACAGCAUCUCAAAAAGACCUCUCUUUUCCAACUUCCUGAUUUGCCAACUUCUGUUUCCUGCCUUCAAGAUUUUCAGACAAAGCUCAGUUCUCUUUCUCUGCCACCUAAUUUGGCUUCUCUUUGUUUUGAUCCUUUGCAAUUUGUGAUAUCCCCAAACAUAUGUGCCUCCAUUCAGUCCACCCAAGAUUGGGUCAAGAAACUUGGCCCUUCCACGGCAUUGGAUACUUCUUGCAAGACAGACCUCACUGAUCUUACUUCAUGUGAUGCCUGUGUUGCUGCCGGUUUUCAGGUUCAGACAGAGUUGAUUGGAAUUGAUGGUAAUAAGUCUCAUUCCACUGAUUGCUUUUACUUUGCUAUUCUGUAUGCUGCUGGAAUUGCCAAUGAGUUUGGCCCUGAAAGCAUUGGUGCUGUUUCAUGUAUAUUUGGCCUUUCAAUUAGUUCUAGUAAGCGUUCUAGUAAACGACAUUCGGCUUUCAUUUUUGGGCUAGUUGGAGCUGGUGUUGCUGUCCUUUUGAUGUCUAUUUUCUUGGGAUUGUACUUAUGGUGGACUAAGAAAUACAGGAAGAGAACUGAUGUGGGAGAAGAGGAAAUGGGGUCUAGGCCGAGACGGCCUACUACAGUUGCUAUUUGGUACAAAAUUCAAGAACUUGAGAAGGCGACUGAUAAUUUUUCGCCUAAGAACUUCAUAGGGAGAGGAGGGUUCGGGAUGGUCUAUAAAGGGAUGUUGAGUGACGGAACAGUUGUUGCCAUCAAGAAAAUAAUAGAAUCCGAUAUUCAAGGGAACGCUGAGUUUUGCAAUGAAGUUGAGAUCAUUAGUAACUUGAAGCAUCGGAAUCUUGUCCCUCUUAGAGGAUGUUGUGUGACUGAAAAUGGCAGUCCAGGGGAGAGUGAAAGAUAUCUCGUUUACGAUUACAUGCCUAAUGGAAAUCUUGAUGACUAUUUGUUUCCGGUUGGUAAAAGUGAGAACUCACCGCUCACAUGGCCACAAAGGAAAAGCAUAAUCAUGGAUGUGGCAAAAGGAUUAGCUUAUCUACAUUAUGGUGUAAAACCAGCUAUUUACCACAGAGAUAUCAAGGCUACUAACAUAUUGUUGGAUUCGGAUAUGAGGGCAAGGGUGGCCGAUUUUGGAUUGGCAAAGCAAAGCCAAGAAGGGCAGUCUCAUCUCACAACUAGAGUUGCCGGAACGCAUGGAUACUUGGCGCCUGAGUACGCCCUCUAUGGGCAGCUAACUGAGAAGAGUGACGUCUAUAGCUUUGGAGUCGUCGUUCUGGAGAUAAUGUGUGGGAGAAAAGCUCUUGAUCUCUCUUCAGGUCCGCCUCAGGCAAUUUUGAUCACGGAUUGGGCUUGGUCCCUUGUGAAAGCAGGGAAAAUCGACAAAGUACUGGAUUCUUCUCUCCUGAAUGAUGACGGAGACUCAUCAACUGCAAAUCCAAAGAGCAUAAUGGAGAGAUUUGUACUUGUAGGUAUUUUGUGUGCCCAUGUUAUGGUGGCCCUAAGGCCCACGAUUCUCGAUGCAUUGAAAAUGCUGGAAGGUGAUAUUGAGGUCCCUGCAAUUCCAGACAGGCCGACACCGUUAGGCCAUCCUUCGUUUUCCAGGGGAGAUAACAAUAUUUUCAGCAUUUCUCCGGCACUGAGUGUGCUGCAGUUGCACUCUGGAGACAUGCUUAGGUGAAAUACAGAAAUUGUAUAUAGUUCUUGUUUUGCUUGGCUCUUAAUAUAUGGAACCUUGAUACUCCUUUUCACUUCGAUUCUUCUACUUACAGGAAAUCCUAAACCCAGAGUUGGUUUGGGCGGAACCGAACUAAUUAUAUGAUAAAUGCAAUACACUUGCGAUGUGAUUGGUUUACAACACAUGACAAGUGUAUCAUGCUUGCUCUAUGAUUGAUUUGGUUCGAUCAAACCUGAUUUCGAUUAGAAUUUUUUGACUUGA